UUUAUAAACACAUUGUUUAAGUUAGCUACUUCAGUUUGUAGUUUUUAAUCGAAUAUCUUACGGCCAUUCAUUCAACUCAAGACGUCAGGAAGACGAUUUGUAAAUUCGUACGGUAUUCGAUUCCUUUUACCUGGCACAAAUGUUUAAGCUUUAGUAAUCACAUAUACCGUGAAAGUUUCGCCAGCCAAAUGUUGCAUCCACGUUCAAAACGCGCGUCUUUUGGUCUCUAUAUUACUGGCGUUUUGUCUGGAAUAUGGCUUUGUUAUAUUAUUUUGAACGGGAAACGUGUUUGGUACGAAUCUACGUUGAAAAAUUCAAGAUCUUCCACAUCUAGAAUAGGACGAGACUUGCCUAUUGUAUUCAUUGGCGGACAUCCGCGCAGCGGUACGACGCUCAUGCGCGUUCUACUUGACGCACACCCGUCAUUUCACUGUGGCCAAGAGACACAUAUCAUUCCAGAUCUACUAACAAUACGACGCAAAUACAGCCGGGGACGGGAUUUAAAACGUUUACUCGAGGCGGGUCUUAGUUUAGACCUUAUCAAUACGACUAUAGCCGACUCAAUUCUUCAUAUCAUCAAAUCACACGGCGGGCAUUCCAAAAGACGUUGCAACAAAGACCCAUUCUCCUUAAAACAUAUUCCAUAUCUCGCUCAGAUGUUCCCAAAAGCGCAGUUUAUUCUAAUGGUUCGCGACGCUCGCGCUGUGAUUCACUCGAUCCGUGAAAACAAUAUAAAAAUUUCUCGCUUUCCGAAAAAGGAUUCCGAAGCAUUGCGCCGCUGGAACAAAAUUCUGGAAAUCAUGUUACAGGACUGUUUGCGUGUCGGAAGCGAGCGAUGUAAAGUUGUGCAUUACGAGAGUCUUGUUGUCAAACCACGUUCGAUUUUACGGCAAAUUGCGCAUUUUCUGAGAGCUCCGUGGAGUGAGAGUGUUAUGAAUCAUACUGGAUACCUGGAUAAAGCAGAUGGAAUUUUAUUAUCAAGGCUGGAAAAAUCGACGCAUCAAGUACGGAAACCAAUAUACAACGACUCAUUGCAUUUAUGGAUGACAUCACCAUUAAAUAUACGGUCCGAGAAAUUGGUAUCCAUGGCACCAAUGAUGGACACCUUAGGAUAUCUAAGGAUUGGUAAUCCUCCCAAAUACACUGAGUUGAAAUUAAGAUAUCCGAGUAAAGAUACUUAUGAAUAAUGAUAACUGAUGUAGGUUGUUGGUACAUAGGUUGUUUUCAGCAUGCUAUAUGGCUUAAUUUAGCGCUGUUAGCUAAAUCGUUCGACAAAUAGUAAUAAU